UGAAAAGAGGUUUAAAAAAAACAUUUUAAGUAUGUACCUUUAUAAUGAAAAGCACCGUGUGACUUCCGGCAGGUAUAAAGGUGCUCGUGCAGCCCGCAGGUGAAACCGCCUCACUGUCGGACUGCACCACAUCUACUCUUUUUCAUACAACUUGAAUUUUUGCGCACCGUCUUUCUUCCGUUCUUUAUGUCAUUUCCUGUGAUGAAAAAUGGUGGUCAAAGCUCGGAGAGGCGACUGAGUCUCUGCAAAAAAUUAACGGGAAACUUUGCAUCGGCGGGCGGGCAACCGCGCAGCUUGCGGCCGGGGCUCGGUGCUCGGCGGCCGGCAAGAGGAGAGCGGAGCUUCACCCGGGACGGAGGGUCCGUUUCCCCCGCUGCGUCUCUGCACAAGAGUUGUGACAUGCUGAUUUCUACAAACAUGGUUCCACCAUGAGCGAGCGGUCGUUGGACCUCUGGUUCUGUGAGGAGUGCCAGGACUAUUUUGAGAAGGAGUGUCCGUCCCACGGGCCCCCGCUGCUUGUCCCCGAUACACCUGUGGCCCUGGGGUUGGCCAACAGGGCAGCGCUCACGGUCCCAUCAGGCCUGGAGGUCUUCACCGAGGGGGACGAGUUGGAUGUUCGCUGCCUGGGUCCAAACAUCCCUAAGGGGGCGGUCUUCGGUCCGUACGAAGGAGAGUUUGUGUCCAAGGACAAAUCCUCCGGCUUCUUUUCCUGGAUAAUUGUUGAUUUUAACAACACCUAUCAAUCCAUCGAUGGCAGUGAUGAGACCAAAGCCAACUGGAUGAGGUUUGUCCGUACCUCAUCAGAGGAGAGCGAAAGGAACUUGACAGCGUUUCAACGCGGUAAAAACAUCUACUUCAGAGUGUGUCGGACGUUGACGGCAGGAGAGAAGCUGAGAGUCUGGUACAGCGACGACUACAUCCAAAGACUUCACUGUGUCUCUCAGGAGAGCAUCGACCGCAACCUGGACACAGUCCUUCCCGUCAUUUCGAAGGACUUUAAGUCUCCCUGCCUUCAAUCAGCUCUGCAAGGCAAUCCCAGCCCCUGUAACAAACCCAACGGAGAUUCAGACGGCCAGCCUCCUGCCAAGAGGAAAAAGAUCGAUCUCAUCUUCAAAGACGUCCUUGAGGCUUCUCUAGACGACUCUAGCAAGUCCAGGUCCCAGUCUUCACUUCACAGUGAGUGUAAAGCACUGGGGUUUAACUCGUCUGAAGGCAGCUUUAACGUUCCUAACCUGAAGGUGGAGGAGAAAGAGGAGGAGAACCAGAGCAGUGAGGAACCCUCCACCUCCUUCUGUCCCAACUGUGUCAAACUGAAGAGAAGGAUCCUGGAGUUGGAGGAGGAGCUGUCCCGUGUCAGAGCCGAACAGGGAAACACGGUCGGUCCACCAAUGUCCGGACAGACCCUCGCCCAUCGUGAUCAGGCUCCGCCGCAUCCUGAACAAGGUCCCAUCGAGGACUUUCAAGGGAUGGAGCCCUUGACGCCCACUCAGGUGGUUCUGGAUGAAGACGACCAGGACAUCGACUCGGCUGAUGAAUCAAUUGCUGCGGAUCUUGUGAUAUCUCCAGAGGACUCAUUGAAGCUUUCCACUGCAGGAGGCAGACGGAUUCGUCGCUUCAAGCAGGAGUGGCUAAAAAAGUUCUGGUUCCUUCGCUAUUCGCCUACUAUCAAUGAGAUGUGGUGCCAUGUCUGUCGCCAGUACACCGUCCAGUCAUCUCGAACUUCUGCCUUUAUCAUCGGCUCCAAGCAGUUUAAGAUCCACACCAUCAAGCUCCAUAGCCAGAGCAAUCUCCAUAAGAAAUGUCUGCAGCUGUACAAGCUGCGCAUGCAUCCUGAAAAGACAGAGGAGAUGUGCAAGAACAUGAUGCUAUUGUUCAACGCGGCAUACCACUUGGCCCUGGAGGGACGACCCUUCUCCGAUCUCCGUCCACUGGGAGAGCUCAUGAAGAGGUGUGAACUCAAAGUGGUGGACCAGUAUAUGAAUGAUGGAGACUGUCAGAUCCUCCUUCACCACAUCGGCCGGGCUCUAAAAGAAGAUCUGGCUGAGAAGAUGCGUCUGUCGCCCUUCCUUAGUGUCAUAAUGGACGCCCAAAAUGACGACCUUCUCUCAGACAUGGUGGCAGUCUAUGUCCAGUUCAUUACCAAUGAGGGCUCCCCCAACACAGAGUUCCUGUCCUUGCAGAGACUGAACAUGGCUAGUGUGGAUGGAUAUCUCCAGGCUAUGGAUCGAGCCUUUGGUGUGCUAGGACUCAGGUUUCAGGACUUGCUGGUGGUGGGACUGGGGGUAGAUGGCACCAACAUCUCUUCAGGAAUGAGAGCCAACCUUUACAUAGCUGUACAAAAGACUUUUCCUUGGGUCCUCUGCCUUCCUAUCAUGAUCUAUCGGCCGCAUCUGGAGGUGUUGGAUGCCAUCAGUGGGAAGGAGCUCUCCUGCCUUGAGGAUCUGGAGAACAACCUCAAGCAGCUCCUCAGUUUCUACCGCUACUCCCCUCGCAUGAUGGCUGAGCUGCGAUCCACUGCUCCAACACUGUCAGAAGAGACAGAGUUCCUCGGAGACAUUAGAGCCAUUCGAUGGAUCAUAGGAGAACCAAACGUCCUCAAUGCACUCAUCAAAGAUUACCUGGAGGUAGUUUCCCAUCUGAAAGAGAUCAGCAGCCAGACACAGAGGGCUGACGCUGCAGCCAUCGCCCUUACCCUUCUCCAGUUCCUCAUGGACUAUCAGUCCGUGAAGCUAAUCUACUUCCUUCUGGACAUCAUAGCUGUUCUCUCAAGAUUGGCCUUCACCUUCCAGGGAGAGUACCUGCUGGUGUCGCACGUGGAAGCCAAGAUAGAGGAGGCCAUUCUGGAGAUUGGCCAGUUAGUGGACUGCCCUGGAGAGUAUCUGCAGGAGUUUGAGGAAAAUUUCCGUGAAAGUUUCAACGGCGUUGCUCUGAAGAACCUGCGCGUCGCAGAGUCCAAGUUUCAGUCCAUCCGAGAGAAGAUCUGCAACAGGAGCCAGGGCAUCCUGUCUCAGAGGCUGGACCUGCAGAGCCGCUCGUUUGCCAAAGCCUGCAAGGUCCUGGACCUGUCCACCUGGCCUCACAACCGGGAGGACCUCCAAGCUUAUGGGGAGGAAGAAAUCCAGAUUAUAUUCAACCAUCUGGAGUCCGUUCCCUCUGGGGGUCAUGAGGGCUCCCACGCCAGGACAGAGGCAAGGGGUAGCCUGGUAGUGGAAUGGAAGGACCUCAAAGCAGACUACUACAGUAUGAACGGUUUUAAAGAGGUCAUCAGUCACAUCUGCAGGUAUAAGCAGCGGUUUCCUCUGCUGAAUCGGAUUGUGCAAGUUGUUCGAGUCCUGCCCAGUUCCACGGCGUGCUGCGAUAAAGGCAGAGGUUCUCUACAGAAGAUGUAUAAGAACAAUCGUUCCAGGCUGAGUCUGGAGCAGAUGAACGACCUGCUGACUGUUGCAGUUAACGGGCCGCCCAUCGCUAACUUUGAUGGGAAGAGAGCAUUGGACAGUUGGUUUGAGGAGAAGUCUGGCAGCAGUUACUCUCUGUCAGCUGAGGUGUUGAACAGGAUGUCAGGUGGUGACCAAAAGUCUGUUUUGCACAGCGUUGACGUCAACACAGAGUUCUACCCCGACAUCUAACGGGCAAACCCAGUGGAGGAGAGCUACAACAAAAUAAUACUUCCACACAACGCUAAUACAAGAACAACUCCAUUAAAUCCCAACCAGUGGUGCUUCUGCAGUUUCUAGGGAGUACAUGGAAAGAUUGUGAAGCUCAGCUAUUUUGAAAAAGAUCUAAAUAUUAAUUUGAUAAUAUGUGUCUGUAUAUUUAUGUUUAGGGGAAAAAAAAUAUGCACAAAUUUUGAUUACAGGAUUCAAAAUAUGCAUGAUGCUGAUCUUUAGUGUAGUUAUUGUCACAAUAACAUACCAACAGUGUUGGAAAAAGUAUUCAGAUCCUUUAAGUAAAAGUACUAAUACCACACUGUGAAAUUACUCCACUACAAGUAAAAAUCCUGCAUUUAAACUUACUUAAGUAAAAGUACAAAAGUAUUUGCAUCAAAAUGUAAAAGUACUUGUUAUGUAGAAUAGACCCACUCAGAAUGUUAUUAUUAUUAUUAUUAUUAUUAUUAUUAUUAUUAUUAUUAUUAUUAUUCAAACUAUAGUAUUGGAUUAUUGUAAUUGAUGCAUUUAUGUAAGCAGUGUUUUCAUUUUAUCAAGACGGGGCUCAUUUUACCUAUUUAAUAUACGGUUUGAUUCUAAAAAAUGUCUAAUCACUUAAAUUUAUCAUUUUUUUUAUUUUAAAUCUCGACCAGAAAAAGAAAGCUGUCCGCUGAAUGUAGUGGAGUAAAAAGUACAAAGUUACAUAAAGUGAGGAUACUUAAGUAAGGUGCAAGUCCCUCAAAAUUGUACUUAAGUACAGUAUUUGUGUAAAUGUACUUUACAUUACAUUACAUUCCACCAUUUGCAUACCAAAUAUGGUAGGCUGUCAGCACAGCCGAAGUUUUCUGACAAUCAGAGUCAACUGUAAGUUGAAAUAAACUGUAGAAAAGUUAGUGAGAAAAAGACUGUGGGGUUGCACAGAGCAAAAUAGGUUGGGAACCACAGAACUGAAAAAAACCAGAUACAAAACAACUACAGAGAUGCAAAAUGACAACAGAAAUACACAAGACAACCACAGUGAUGCAAAGAGACAUAACUCAACUACAAAGAUACACAAUUCAACUACAAAGAGACACAAUUCAACUACAAAGAGACAUAAUUAAACUACAAAGAGACGCAACACAACUACAAAGAGACGCAACACAACUACAAUGCGACACAAAAAAACACAAAAAUGUAAAUUGACUGAAGAGACACGGAACAGCUACAAAGAGACACAAAAACUGAAACGUCUACAGAGAUGCAUAAGGACUAAAGAGACACAAAACAGCUACAAAAAAAUCACAGAAUGACCAUAAAGAUGCAAAAUGGCUACAGACAGACAUAAGGUUACUGUAAAUUCACACAAAUGAACCAAGAGACAACAAACAACCAAAAAUGCAAAAUGACUGGGGACACAAAAAACUGCUACAAAGAAACACAAAUCAACCACAGAUGAAAAAAUGACUGGGUGCACAAAACGGCUACAAAGAGACACAAAACACCCACAGAUGCAAAAUGAAUAAAGACCCAAAAAGGCUAUGAGGAUGCAAAGCAAAAACAAAGAAGAAUGAUUUGACCACAACAACCACAAAGAGGCAGAAAAAAAACACAAAAGAAACUACAAACUUCUCCGCAGCUGUUGUUAUUUGUGAGUGGCCAGAGCCCCACUGUCUCAUACUCCGUCCAUGUUCAGCUGUUUUUUGUGUUCGAAUCUUGCUACUCUGACUGACUGACUUCAUUCACUGACCGACAUUGUCAAACUGAGGGCUACUGAGUGGCCCUGCACUUGUUUAUAGUAUAAUAAUGAAGCACUUGUUGCCAGAAUAAAAGUCAGUUAUAUGUGCUUAACAGUCAGUUAGUGUCAACGAAAUGUCUAUUGAGCCGCUCUCUGCUUUAGCUUAUCUGCCAAUGGGAUCUUCAGUCAUGUAGUGCCUGACAGAAAUGAAACAGCUAGAGUGUAAGGAUGUAUAGAGGCUUUAUAUUUCUAUUAGAAAUGCUUAACACUGUAUAUAUUGUACAGACUGUAUAUAUUGUAAAUGCUUUUGAGCCUGUUUUUAAAGGAGAGUAUUUUUCUCUUGAAUUUGAUGAUUGUGCCAUAAUGAUCGAAUGCAAGAACCGAAAGAAAAAGGUGCUAUUCUGCUAUGCCAUACUGUACUUUGCCAUAUCUGUUUAGAUGUUUACUGCUGCGAGUCAAUAUUUGAAACGUCCUUUUUUUUUUUUCACUGAUGCAUCGGCUUUAUGUUCGGGUGUUUGGAGCUCAAAGUUCAGGCUGAAAAUAAUUCAAUUAAGUUUUAAAAACUGCAUGAUGAUACUUAACUGUAGCUUUUAUUACACACGUAAAUCGUAAUUUUUAUUAUAUUAAGAUGCCUGUAUUUAAAGUAAGAUGGUGGGAAUACAGGGAGCUGAAAAAGAUGGGCACUUUUUCUUUCUCUUUCUCUUUUUUCAAGUUUUUUAAAGUUUGUGUUUUUAAGUUAAAGGAAUUGUGAGACAUUUUAGGAAAUAAGCUUAUUUGCUCUCUGGCAGAGAGUUGAAUGAGAAAAUGUAUAUCCAUGCUAUGUCAUGUCAUUUGGACCAUAAUUACAUGCAGAAUGAACAAAUGAACGUUUUUGACAGCAACAAUGUCUCCAGAGGUGAAAGAGGAUCUUUUCCGGAAGUAAAAAUACUAAUACAGUGCAAAAAUACAUCAGAAGUAAAAUUCCUGCAUUCAGAGUCUUACACAAACAUAAAUAAGUAUUAACUUUAAAAUGUACGUAAAUUACCAAAAGUAAAAGUACUCAUUAUGAAAAUUGGUCAAUUACAGAAUAUUGCCACUUAACGCCUCUUAUUGAAACUACACCACUGGUCAAAAGUUUUAGAACACACCAACUUUUCCAGAAUUUAAUUGAAAAUGAUGCAGUUUAAUGUCUCAGUGUACUCUGAAAUUAAUGCACAUUUGCAACAUUUAAAAUUCUUUAUUAAGCAUGAUAGUGUUUUGAAAAUAAAAAAAAGAUUCAAAAUCACAUUUUAUGUUGAACUAAAGGACUAAGAAAAGACACAAAAUGACCCAAAAAAAGACACAAAAUGACAACAAAAGAUAUGAAAAGAAUUCAAAAAUGGACAAAAUAGCCCAAGACUCCAUAGAGUUAAGUUGUUAACCCAUUUCUUGUUCCCUGAAAAAGGCCUACUUGCAUUAUUCUGAAAUGUACAUUAUCUUUCAGUUUUGGUUAACCUUACCUUUUUUUAUUUACCUCUGGCAGUUCACCACUUACCUUCGUACCCUUUCAAGCUGUUCAUUUGACUUGAACUGCUUGAAUUUCAAAAAAAAAAAUGGAAAAAUUGGGGUGUUCUAAAACUUUUGACCGGUAGUGUAUAUCUCACUCAUGUUGCCCUAUCUGUUCAUGAAUAGAAAUGUAAAUAUAGUGGUUGGAAGUUACAAGCCAGAAGUGUUAAUGCUAAGCUCCAGCUCCACUCUUAUCUAACUUUCAGCAAUAAGUGUAUUUCUCUAAAUUGUCAAACUACUUCUUAUUGUUUGCCGUAUGAUUGGCUGCGAGCUAUUUCAUUUUACUGAAAUAUAAAACCUGUAUGCCUUUGUUAUUAUUUACAUAUAGAGCAUGUCUGUAUCGUAUGCAUGCAGUUAUUAAUGUAUAAACCUGUUUUUAAAGGCAUUAUGUUGAUAUGCAGAAUGCUGCCUGUGCUGUUUUAGUUGUCAGACUGAUGCUGGGUGAAAGUUUGAGUGUUUUUCUGAAUGAAUCGUGUGCAGUGCGGAGCUCAUCAGAGCCGAAACAGAUGGCUGUUUUUGAUCACAUUUCAUUAAAGUCCAAAAACAUUUGACUUAAGAAUGCCAACAUUUUCUGCUAUAUGCCUUAUACUGUAUGUGUUUAAACGGUUGUUCAUCUUUAUACCGACGUUUGGCUGAUUGUAAUCUGACUCCAGAGCUUUGUUGAUGUUUGAUUUUUGCUGAAUUGUGAGAUUUUUCACAGCUGGAGUCGGAUAUGAAUUUUGGUUCCAGAUGAACCAAAAGAAAAUUAGUUGUUACUUGAUUUCUCUGUUCACUGUUUUCUUCUGUUUUAAAUGCUUUAAAAAAUAUACACUUUAAAAGACAUUUGAUCUGGAGUGGUUCUAUCAGUCGAAUGGAUGUUGUUUCUGUUGUCAGGUGAAGUUUUUGGGAAGAAAGAAUGCAAUGCUGUGUCUCAGUUGAAGAGUUUAUCAUCGUUCAAUUUUAACCCUUUGAUGCACAACGUGGGUCUAAAGUGACCCGACUGAGUUUUUCAUUUUCUAUAUCUUUACAAUAAAUUAAUUUCAUCAUUCAGUAUUCUAGGUUUUCCUCAAUUAACUUUUUUUUGAUCAUCAUACAUCCUAAUUUUUUGUUUUCAUUUCUUACUUUUUGAAUAAAAACCCUUUUUGUAUCACUACUCUUCUAAUGCACAGCAUGGAUCAAAAAUGUCAUUAUGGGGGUAUUGUGUGUAUAAUUUUAAGGAAAAAUGUAUUUAAUCAAUUUUGGAAUAAGGCUGAAACAUAAAAAAAUGUGGAAACCUUCCAGAUACAGUGUAUGUGUGACAAAAUGAUACAUAAACAUGUUAAAUAUAUUAAAUAUAUGAGUGUGGAAAGUAACUAUUUGAAACAAAUUACUAUUAUUAUAGUAUUAGGUCAUUUAAUUUUAAAACAAAUUUGGAUGAAUGAGUCAUUUUUGACCCAUGUUGUGCAUUAGGAGGGUUGUCCAUAUGUUGUGCAUCAAAGGGUUAAGAUAAAAUAACUCAAGCUGAGCCUUUUGAUUACCAGAUGGGAAAUUCGGGCAUUGAGCAAUACAGACAGA